AUGAAGAUUUUCUUUUUAUAUUUUGCUUUUUUAUUUGUAUCAUAUAAAAGUGUAAUUAUAACUUUGAAAAAUGAUAACACAUUUUUUGUCUUUCCAAAUAUAAUGAAUAAAAAUAGGAAUAUAUCGAAACGUAAUUUUAGUACCUAUAUGAAGCGCUUAAGGAAUGCUAGUGUGGAAAUUGAUUUAGUUAAUCGAAAAGAUUUAACAAAGGUCGAAGUUAUUAAAAUGUUUUUAAAAGGUGUUAAAGAAUGUAAAAAUGUAGAAUACUUGAAAGAAAAACAUAAAGGACAUGUUCCACCAACUACUAAAAGGAAAUUAAUGAAACAAAAAAGAAUGAUUAAUUUAAGAGCACAAAUUAAAAGUACAAGAUUGAAAAAACAAGAACAAGUACCUGAAGAUAAAAAUAUACUCAAUUUUCCAGCAGACCAAUUAAAAAAUAUAAACGCAGCUGUUUUAUAUUUUAGAAAAUAUUUUGAAAAAUAUGAAAAUAAUGAAGAUUCGAAGGAUAUAUGA